CGCCGCCCAGCCCUUCCCGGCAGCCUUUGCGCGGCGCACGGGGAAGCCCUGGCGCGCUGUGGCCGCUUCGGCCGCCGUCCGCUACGAGUUGCUAUGGUAACCCAGCCGCCAUCACUAUGUCGUUGCCACAAGCUUCUCGGUCUCGGAUGUUCGUGGAACUGGUUCCCUGGGCGGACCGGAGCCGGGAGAACAAUCUGGUCUCGGGCGGAGAAACGCUGCCCAUCCCCCGCCAGCAGGGUCUGCAGGCAGAAAAUGUAACUGUGACAAAGGAUUUUAGAAGAGUGGAAAAUGCUUAUCACAUGGAAGCAGAGGUCUGCAUUACAUUUGCUGAAUUUGGAAAAAUGCAAAAUAUUUGUAACUUUCUUGUUGAAAAGCUAGAUAGCUCUGUUGUUAUCAGUCAACCCCAGUUCUAUCAUACUCCAGGUUCUGUUGAAAAUCUUCGACGGCAAGCCUGCCUUGUUGCUGUUGAGAAUGCAUGGCGCAAAGCUCAAGAAGUCUGUAACCUUGUUGGCCAAACUCUAGGAAAACCUUUAUUAAUCAAAGAAGAAGAAACGAAAGAAUGGGAAGGCCAAAUAGAUGAUCACCAGUCAUCCAAACUCUCAAGUUCAUUAACUGUACAACAAAAAAUCAAAAGUGCAACAAUACAUGCUGCUUCAAAAGUAUUUUUAACUUUUGAAGUAAAGGGAAAAGAGAAGAAAAAAAGACAUCUCUGAAAUUCCAACCAAAAUAUAUUGUGUUUAUAUCUUUUUGUCUAUUUUUAUACUUUUUGUAAUGUUUACUUUUGCAUAUAUAUAUAUAUAGUAUAGUAUAUAAAGUGUUUUCUCCCCAAAAUCUGUGAAUCCUUAUGUUUACUUUUUAUUUUGAAAACCUUACUGUGGGAAAUACUCUUUGGAAAUAAAUAUGUGCACACUUA